AUGUCAAAGUUGUCAGAAUACGAAAAGAAACGUCUAGAGAACAUAAAGGCUAAUGAGGCAUUGCUCAAUGGGUUAAACCUGCCAACCCUCAACAUCAAGACAGAAAGCACGGGUAAGACGCUCAGGAAACACACACCCAAGCCAACACCCAAGCAACCGCAAGUAGCUACUCGCUCUUCUGCUCGUAUUCGCGGAAAAGAACCAGAUAUGACAGACACUGAUUACGUCGAGCCCACUAACAAGAGAGCGAAAUACGAAGAUGCGGAGAGAAGUGACGCCAUGAGUGAAGAGGACCAGAAGAAAUUCUUGGGUGUGCUGAAGGAAACAAUUGAAAUGCCCAACACAAAGCCUGCCGGCAACAAAGAACACGCUCCAAAAGAAAUCAAGUCAUAUGAAUCAUUAGAGAGGGCAUUGGGCAAGCUCGAAAUCCGUCACGAAUGGAAUACUGUAAAAGUAACGCCAGGCCGCAUUACACAUUGCUUGUUUCAUCCAUCUUCAACAAAUAUGCUGGCUAUAGCCACUGAUACGGAGGGAUACAUUGGGUUUUGGGAUGUGAAUGGCAAGGAAGAGGAUGGUGAACCUGUCACCUACAAAUAUAGACCUCAUAAACGCACUAUCACUGAUAUACAUUUCAACCCUGCCGACAACACCAAGAUGCUUUCAUCGUCGUAUGAUGGCUUUAUCAGAGUAUUUGAUCUGAACACAGCUCAGUUUGACACCCUUGACUUGGGAUCAGAUCAGUACCCCAUUACUGGGUUUGACAUGACUCAGGAUGGACAUUGUACAUGGUUCACUACAUCUGAUGGUGAAUUAGGCUUCGUAGAUGCCCGUGCUAGUGGAAAGGAAGCUGUGAUUCACGAACUCAAGGCCAAAAAGAUAGGCAGUGUCCACUUGAAUCCAGUGCAUCAGCAUUUGGCGGCACUGUCUUCCAACGACAGAACAAGCACCCUCUGGGAUUUACGCAUGUGGAGUAAAAGGAAUGCCAAGGUAGAGCCUUUGCAGUCUAUUGAACAUGGCUAUUCGGUCACUUGCAGCUACUGGUCCCCCAACGGCGAUAUGCUGGUUACCACUGCUUACGACAGCUUUAUUCGAUUGUUUGAUUUCAACAAGGACAACAAGACACUGGAGCUGAAAACUGCCAUUCCACACAACUGCAAGACAGGAAGGUAG